AUGGCCUCACAACACGUCGUCGGCGAUUCGCCGUUCCUCAAGCGCGUACUGAUCCCUUUCUGGGUCAUCCGCAUCAUAAUCAUGCUGAUCUACGCCGCCGUCUAUAUCACAGCGCUCGCUGCGGUCGGCGCAUUCAGCGAUGAGAUCGACGACGCCCUUGAUGAGGAGGGCAUUAGCAGGUCGAGCGUCAAGGCCAUCGUCGCCGUCAUGGUCGUGGUUCUGGUCAUCGUCUUGUUGUGCCUAAUUCUCGAUAUUCUAUGCAUUAUCAAGCGCUCGCGGAGGACUCUCACACCGCGCUUCUUCCUCAUCACCAACGUGAUCCAGUCUGUUGUCUGGGUUGUCCUGAUGGGCCUGACCCUGGCUGGAUCGGCUGGCUCAGCGGCGAACAUCAUCAUCCCAAUAAUCAUCCUCGCCUCUUUCCUCGGCCUUCUCAUCUACGCCAGCAUCAUCUUCCACAAGUCGCGCAAGGGCACAUUGAAGACCAACUACGCGCCCGCCGCCACCAGCUUGGAGCCCUACAGCCAGAACACGGCAUACCCCAGCUACAGCCAGCAACAGGCCCCUCCCUACUCGUCUGAGCAGCCAAAGGCCUCGUACGACCCUGGUGAGGCACAUGGCAGCUACAACAUGAACAACUACCGUCAGGCAUGA